AUGGCGGGUGUAAGCAGCUGCAUGAAGUACCUUAUGUUCAUCUUCAACUUCUUAUUUUGGCUGUGUGGUUCCAUUAUUCUGGGAGUCUCUAUAUGGAUACGUGUUAGCAAAGAUGCUCAACAGAAGUUGGAUAUAGACAGCAGCUUCUUUGCAGGGGUCGAUCUGCUGAUAGCUGUGGGCUCCAUCAUCAUGAUCCUUGGUUUUCUGGGAUGCUGUGGUGCCAUAAGGGAAAGUGGUUGCAUGCUGCUGUUGUUUUUUAUUGGAUUGCUUCUGAUCCUGAUCCUUCAGGUCACAGGAGGUAUUUUAGGAGCAGUGUACAGAUCUAAGAUUGAAACAGCCUUUGAUGAGACUGUCCAGGAGAAUGUGAAGUUGUUGCAAGGUUCUACACAAGAAUCUAAAGAGUUUCAAGAGAAUUUCCAGAAGUUCCAGCAAAUGAACCAUUGCUGCGGUUUGCUGAAAGGACCUGCAGACUGGGGAACAAAUUUUAACAACAAUAAAAUCUGUGAGUGUGAGCUAAAGGACCCAUCGGCAGACGUCUGCACCUACUAUCAGGGCAGAUACAUUUAUAAAAAGACUUGUGGAGAUGUGAUUGUCAAAUACCUUAAAGACCACCUGCUCAUAGUCAUGGGGAUUGCCUUUGGACUGGCCGUUAUUGAGAUUGUUGGUUUGGGGUUUUCUAUGAGCCUCUACUGCCAGAUCCAGAGAAAAUGA